AUGGGUUAAUCAGAGUCUCUUAGCUAGUACUAAUAUGCUGUUCCUAUUGGAUAGGCUAAAUAGGGAGAAAGUAGAAUUUAUAGAAAUAAAGGUUUUACAAAUGAGCUGAUAAGUUCACCUUAACCUGAAAUUAAAAAUAUGUAGGAUUUAAUUGAGUAUGGCUAUAAGAAAUAUAAAAAAAAUCCUCUCAUAGGAAAGUAAGCUGGGAAGCUCAAAAAAUAUUAAUAUAGAACUUAUGAAGAAGAAUAUUUAGAUGCAAGAAAAAUAGGAUCUUAUAUCUACAAUUAAGAGAUUUAUUACUUAGCUUAGGAGUAUAAAAAUUAUUCUAUCAAGUUUGUUGGAAUUUUCAUGAUGAAUUGUGUUGAGUGGAAUACAAUAGAUAUGGCAUGUAGUUUGUAUGGAAUAGUAAUGGUACCGUUUUAUGAUAAUCUAGAAGGCGAAUAAAUUACUUAUAUCUUGAAAUAAACAAAUUUGACUUCUGUUUUUUGUACAGAAAAGUAAGCCUAAGCAUUGUUAAUUACAGAAGAUUUAGGAAAUUUAAAAAAUAUAAUUAUGGUAGGUUAAUUAUCAACUGACGACAGAUAAAAAUUAAGGAGCAGAGGAAUUACAAUUAUGGAAUACUCUGACAUUUUGCUAGAAGGAGAGAAAAAUUAAAGAGAUUUACCUAAAGACAUUAAACCCACAGAUAUAUUUACUUUUAGUUACACUUCAGGUAGUACAGGUAUUCCAAAAGGAGUAAUGAUGACUCACGUUAGCUUUCUUUCUCCUAUUGCAGCUAUUUAGCAUAUGGGUAUGAAAUCCUCUGACAGAAUGCUUUGUUAUAUGCCAUUACCUCAUGGGACAUCUAGAUUUUGCAACAUGUUAGCAUGGUAUCACGGAAGUAAGAUUGGAUUAUCAUGUGGUGAUAUGACCAAACUUACUGAUGAUCUCAAAAAAUUAAAACCUACAAUAUUUGUCACAGUUCCUACUCUAUUUAAUAAAAUGUAUGAAAUAAUUAAUGAAUAGUUUUCUAAGUUAAUUGGUUGCAAAGGAUCAUUAAUAAAACAUGCUAUUGCUACAAAAUUAGAUAAUUUAAAAAAUAAAAAUUAAUUAACUCAUAUUGUUUAUGACACUUUAAUAUUUAACAAAAUUAAAAAUAUCUUUGGCGGAUCUGUGAGGGUUUGUUUUAGUGCUUCUUCGCCAAUAUCUAAGGAAGUUUUGGAUUUUUUCAAGAUUUCCUUAGGGAUAAAUGUGUAGGAGGCAUUUGGCUUAACAGAAGCUGGAGGUGUGCAAUUUUAGACAAGUAAUAAAGAUUUUAAUGCUUCUGGAAUGGUUGGAGGACCAUGCUGCAAUGUUGAAGUGAAGCUCAUUGACAUUCCAUAAUAUGGAUUUUUAUCUUCAGAUACGUCUGAUGAUGGUAAACCUCUCCCAAGAGGAGAAAUAUGUACAAGGGGACCUGGUUUGUUUGCUGGAUAUUAUAAAGAUGAAGUAAAGACUAACGAAAUAUAUGACUAGGAUGGCUGGUUACACUCUGGAGAUAUUGGUGUUAUCUAUCCGAAUGGUUCUAUUAGAGUGAUAGGGAGAAUAGCUAAUGUAUUUCAGCUUAAAAAUGGCUCAGUAAUAUCGCCUGAAAGAAUUGAGAAUACAUAUAUUAGAGUUAAGGGUGUUUCAGAAGUAUUUAUUACUUCAAAUGGAGCAGAAGAAUAUGUUGUUGCAGUAGUGGUACCUUAGAAAGAUUUUGUGUUAAAUCUUUUAAAAGAAUUUUAAGAUAAAAAAUAAAUAGAAGUAUAAAAUAAUAUAAACAAAACUUAAGCUAGCAAAACAACAAUUAAUACUAACACAAAAAUUUAAGACGAAUGUGCCACUUUAAAUUAUGAAGAUUCUUGUAAGCAUGGAAGAGUCAUAGAAUACUUUAAAUAUAAAUUUGAUGAAUAAGCGAAGCUAAAUGGUUUGCAAGCAAAAGAAUAUGUUAAAAAAAUUAUCAUUGAAUCCUAGCCAUUCUCUACAUUAGGAUUAUAUACUUAAAGUCUUAAACUAUAGAGAUUCUUUGCAAGAAAGCACUUUAUGAGUCAAUUAGAAAAUAUCUGA